CUGGAUUGGUUGAUGAAAGCAGACAGAGAACCGUUUGGGUUCGAUCAAACAAUUACUUCUCCAUUGAUCUCAGCCAUUUCUUCUAAGAGAUGGCUAUUUCCGUGAAAAUAUGCUUCCUUCUGGUAGCAAUUGCUGCUUGCUACGUCGUAGCUGAACCUGAACCAGAACCAGAACCCCAUCAUGGAAAGGAAGUUAUUGUGAUAAAAGAUAAGAGUGAACACAAACAUCAUCACCAUCACCAUCACCACCACAAGCAUGACCACGGGCACAAACACAAGCAUGGACAUGAUCAUCACCAUGGACAUGAUCAUCACCAUAAGCAUGGUCAUCAUCACCAUCAUGGACAUGACCAUAAGCAUGGUCACCACCAUGGACAUCAUCAUGGUCACCAUCACGGUCACCAUCACGGUCACCAUCAUGCUCAUCACCACGGUCACCACCAUGGUCAUCAUCAUGGUCACCACCACCAUCACGGUCACCACCAUGAACAUGGCCACCACCAUGGACAUCAUCAUGGUCACCAUCACGGUCACCAUCAUGGUCACCAUCACGGUCACCAUCAUGCUCAUCACCACGGUCACCACCAUGGGCAUCAUCAUGGCCAUCACCACGGACAUCACCACCAUCAUGGGCAUCAUCACCAUCAUGGACAUCACCACGGUCAUCAUCAUGCUCAUCACCAUGGUCACCACCAUGGACAUCAUCACGGACAUCACCACGGACAUCAUCAUGGUCACCACCACGGUCACCAUCAUGGUCAUCAUCAUGCUCAUCACCAUGGGCAUCAUCAUGGUCAUCACCAUGGUCACCACCAUGGACAUCAUCACGGACAUCACCACGGACAUCAUCAUGGUCACCACCACGGUCAUCAUCAUGGACAUCAUCACGGGCAUCACCAUGGGCAUCAUCAUGGUCACCACCACGGUCACCAUCAUGGACAUCAUCACGGACAUCAUCAUGGUCAUCACCAUGGUCACCACCACGGUCACCAUCAUGGACAUCAUCAUGGACACCAUCAUGGUCAUCACCAUGGUCACCAUCAUGGUCAUCAUCAUGGUCACCAUCAUGGACAUCAUCAUGGUCAUCAUCAUGGACAUCAUCACAGAAGGGCUGACAUUCUUCAAAAGGGUCUUCAUGAUUUCGAUGGUCUCCUUGGAUUCCAUUUCCGUCGUUAAGUAUCCGAAAAUUCGGAGCACUUUCCCAUUAUCUUUACUGGGAACCAAUAUCUUUAUUGCCAAAGCAUUUUGAGGUACAAAGUCUUCAGCCAAUGGCAGAUGCCUGCAAGAUUUCUGUUUCAAGUUUCAAUCUAGUCAGUAUGAACUCUCAAAUUAUAAAUUUUCCCUUCAAGGAAAAUUCCUAUGAAUUUUUUGAGAUUAUCUGCUGAAUGCGCUUGGUAAAAUGUUUCAAUCUCUUUUUAAAGUCUAUGUGGUAUUUUAUGUGCGAUUAUUUUCUUAUUUAUUUGGUAAAGCUAUUUAUUUAUAUGUG